AUGGAAACGUCGCAAUUUAAUGCGCUUAGUGCUUGGUAUGUUUCAUCAGAAGCAUCCGAAUGUACGACCGGCGCUGAGGGUAUUUUCAAGGAAGCUCUAGCGGAGUUUUCCGCAGAAUUCUCAAAGGAUGGGAAGCAGCAGCAGUGGAUCACUGACUCUAAGUAUGGGAACUUUGAGAGCGUCCUCGCAUCUGUCGAAGAGGCCCAAGUUUACUACGAAGAACGAAAAGGCAAUUCAAAGCUUCGUAAAAAAUUAGUGCAUCUUUCAGAGAAAUUAUACAGUUAUAGUAGUAUCAUGGACGUGCUACUCCCACAACAACCGGAAUACUCAACUUUAGCCUACAGUGCUAUGAAGUUUCUUCUUCUCUCAGUCAUAAACCAUCAUAAACUUGUUUCGCAACUCUGUGUUGGGCUCAAUAGCAUUGCACAGGUCAUACCGCGCGCACAACUCAUCAUACGACUCUAUCCAACUCAGCAAAUCAGGCAGGUCAUUGUUGAGAUAUAUGUCCAUAUACUCAAAUUUCUUUUGCGGGCCCUUAGCUGGUACCGAGAAAGUAAAAUGACACAUAUGCUGCAAGCAAUCACGAAGCCUGCUGAGCUACGAUAUGGUGAUAUUUUAGCAGCUAUAUCAUCUCUAUCCGAUACAAUGUCCAAGAUGGCUGAAGAUAGCAGCCACGCCGAGCAGCGAGAUAUGCACACACGUAUUGCUCGAAUAAUGCAUGAGCAAAAGCUGACUCGCGAAAGUAUUACAGAACUAAUGACAGCAGUUUCGGACAUGAAACUCUCUAUGGUGACUGAGCAAGGCAUCAGCGCGUCGGCGAGAAUCGAAUUUCGGCAGAGACUGUCCGAAGUCCAACUUAUGCAGCUCUUAGGCCAAUUAUCAGUUGCCGGCCUUCCCGACCCCAUCAAGACAUUUCAGCUGUUACUAUUCAUGUCCAAGAAGCGACAGCCGAAGUCACAAACAGAAGUGUCGACAAUCGACCUGCUAAAGUAUAUUAUUUCACAGGCCGUAUCUAUCAACAAAAGUAUCCAUACUGAUGCAGUUCUGGUUCCUCGUCUCAUGGCCCAUAUUGACGCAAAGUCAGAAAAAGACUGGAUUAACAUUCUUGCAUCAGUCCUCCAAGGUAUCCCACUUCUCUACGUCAUGAUUGACGUCGAAAUCUUGAGCCGAAACUUGGGGACAUUGACAGAGGACUUCUGGCCGACAGCAUUUCUCAAAAUGUUCUCCGAGCUCUCAGCACGCGAUAUUGGGACAAUUGUCAAACGAGAACCCGCAAGCAGGGUUCCUCCAUUAUUAGGACCAGAAGAAACGUUGGGUUAG